GAGAGCGGCACUGCGGAAACACAAGCUGGAGAAAAACUGGCGUUUAGACAUCCAACACAUGACAGUACGACGUUUUGGAAGGUCGUCGCUGUUUGGUACACACUCUCAUAGCCGGUUAACAGCCCGGAGAGUCUUUAACCUGAGCUGUUGUUUUUUGUAAAGAGUAACGUUCAGACCCAAGAGAGAAGAGAAGCCCAAAAUAUUGUUUUUUGAACGGACUUCGUGGACUCGUCAGCAAAGUUCAUGGUCUCCAACGGCUCCGCACAUGAAAUGAAAGACAUGGACAUCUGCAACGGGGCCUCUGAGCGAGGGGUGUCAGACUUUGACCUCAUUCAAGAAAUCCUCACAGAGUAUGAAACCCCCCUCCCUGGACCCCCUCGCCCUCCUGUUGACCUCACUGACCACACAGGGGUCCAACAGCCCAGACUGGUGCCGAGAGGAACUGCAUGUCAGCCACCCUGCUCCUUCCCCCAGCCCCUGCCACAGUCUUGCAGCUCCAGAGAGAUGGCUCAUUCCUCCAGGGGAGGCAGUUACUCCCGGCGGGGUCGAGACCAGUCAUUUUUGCAGGGAUCCAGGGGCUCCAGCUGCAUUUCUUCUCCAAACCGCAGACCUGACACCGAGAUGCUGGAGCGGAUUUUGGACAAACCCAAACUUGUGGUAGUGGAGGAGCCCAAAGAGAGAGGCAUGAGGUUUCGCUAUGAGUGUGAAGGACGCUCGGCCGGAAGCAUCCUGGGGGCGUCCAGCACUGAAACCAACAAGACUCAGCCCGCCAUAGAGAUUCAGGGUCCCAUAGACCAGUUAAAGAAGGUCACAGUCACCGCUUCCCUAGUGACCAAAGACCCCCCACACCGACCUCACCCCCACUGCCUUGUAGGUAAAGAUUGCCCCAAUGGUACAGGAAUCUGUGUGGUCACACUUAAUCCUCACAGCAGCCGACGUCACAGCUUUGCUAACCUUGGUAUUCAGUGUGUAAGGAGGAAAGAGCUUGAUGUUUCGCUUGAGAAGAGAAGAAACCUUAAUAUCGACCCCUUUCAAACUGGUCACUCAAAGGGCAUCGAAGAUAUGGACAUGAACUCGGUUCGUCUGUGUUUUCAGUGUGAGCUUGAGUGGGAGGAUGGCAGAAAAGACAGUCUGAGCCCAGUGAUCUCAAACCCCAUCUAUGACAAGAAGGCCACAACGACAUCACAACUGAAAAUCACCUGUUUGAACCUUUACAGAGGUUCGUGUACAGGCAAGACGGAGGUCUACAUGUUGUGUGACAAAGUGCAAAAAGAUGACAUAGAGAUCAUCUUCAGGCGAGGGUCGUGGAAGGCAAACGGGGAGUUUGCACAGACAGAUGUGCACCGGCAGAUCGCCAUUGUGUUUAAGACUCCGCCCUACCAGGACCAGAACAUCACAGAGGAGGUCGUAGUCAGUGUAUCCCUCCGUCGCCUCUCAGACCAGAUGGAGAGUGAGCCUGUUACCUUCACAUACCUGCCACGUAACCCAGAUCCGUAUGAGGUGAAGCGGAAGAGAAAGAUCAAAUCAGACAUCAGCUUCAGUGACAAACCUUGUGCAACAGCAGAGAGUGCACCUGCACCAGAGCAGCCCUUUGUCCUCCCACCUCAGUCUCAAACCAUGAUGUCUCCAGACAGUCGGCUCUUUGCUGUCCAGCCAGGAGCAGCAGCGUUAGGCGAAAUGGGUUUCAGCGAGCUUCAGGACUCAAACGGUGACAACGACGCCUCAGCCAUCCUCAACGAGCUGCUAGAAAACCCUGCAUUAAAGGAAUUAUUUUCUGACCCAAAUCUCACCUCAGCUAUGCUCAAUGGCUUUGAGCAGGGGUCCGACGUCAAUGCCAUGUUUGCCAACAUGGAUAUGAACAACUUUAACCAAAACUUUGGCCCAUACACACAGGACUUUUCCCAAUACAGUGACUUGCAGUUCAACAUGCUUGUGAAUGAAAGCCAGACGACGCAGUCCAACUUGCAGGACAACUCCACUAACAUCGUUCAGGUCAAGACAGAGGAGGAGCUAUGAGGAUGGGGAGAGUCAGUAUCAUGUAGCACUUAAAUACAGUUUCUGUCCACUUUGUUAUGAGGUGAUUCACUCUUCUUUUAUGCCUUCAUUGUAAAUGAAACAAUUAACUUUGCACACGGACUAGAAACAGGGGGAACUGCUUUUCUGCUUGUGCUUGGUCAACAAUCAUCCAGCCAACAUAUUUUUCAUAUGCAGUGACUUUCUUGUCUUGUUCUCGUCCUGUAGCCCAGUCAAAGAAAUAACUGCUUCAGGGCAAAGAAAUUCUUGCACAAAGUAGUUUCUUUUUUUUUUUUUUUUACACAUUUUAAGUUUUCAACAUUGUUGAUACUUGCACUUUUGAUACUAUGUGUUUUAAAAAGAUACCCUCAACAUUGUUGAAAUAAUUAAAAAUAUCAAAGAGCUUAAAAAUAACAGAUAUUCAGAGCAUGGGGUGAUUUGUAAACAACAUUAUAAAUACUACCAAGAGAAGCAGAAGUCAAUUAUCAUAACCUAGCCCCCUAUAAACCCCUGUGAUGGAGGUCAGCACUCCUGGCACAAAAAAGGACACAGGCCCUUAAAAUUCAUGUCUGUAAAUACUGACAUUUCUAAAGUCCUGAAAAAUAGAAAGAGGAGUUGACAGCUGAGAUGACAAUAACUAGAUUAAACUGACACAUUGGCAACAUUUGGGUACUGAGGUACUGGUGGAAAAAGUACCAGAGUAUUGCACUCAACUAAAAGUAAAGUUACUUUGGUUAAAAUUUACUUAAGUAAAAGUAAAAUUACUGGCCAGUAAA